AUGACAGGAUGUAAGGACGGCUGUUGCGUGGGAGUCUCCCAACUGUUCGGAAGACGUAAGGAGCCUAAGGAGGAGUUGAGCAGUCUUUUGACCUCCAAAGCUGAGUCGGUGGAAGCGAUCGCGGUGGCCAACACUCUCGACUUCGAAGAAGCCGACAACAGCUCCCAUUAUGGGACCAGCGGUUUCCUCACCCGGACAGAAGUCUGCCCCAUUGAAGUGCAGCCAGCCAACAUCGCGCGGUAUUCUUUGCCAGAAGAGUGCCUUGCGUACAUUCCCGAUCAGGCCGUGUGUCGCUUCGCUAACGGCGACUCGGAGCGGAUGAUCUCCUGCAAUACAGAGUUGUCGGCCCAGGAGCAAGCUUGGUUGCAAGCUUUGCAAAAGGAAGCGGCCCAGCAGCAGAAGGCGUUCCUUCCUUCUGUGGCUGUGGCUGCUGUUCGGUUCUUGGGUGAUGCAAAGGGUGACGUGGCCCUGGCUCUCCAGCAAAUGGAGGAGAACCAGAACUGGCGGUUGUCAUACUUCCCAAAGCCAAUUCGAGAUGUCGAUCUUUUAGCGGACCUCAAAGAGGGAGCCGUGUACUUCUGCGGUAGGGACUUUGCUUUGCGGCCUGCCCUCGUAAUGCGUGCGGCCCGUGUGCCAUUCAGCUGGGACCCUUCGCGCUUUGCUAGGCUCUUCAUGUUCUGCAUGGAGUACUUCCUGCGCUACAUGGCUGUACCGGGGAGAGUGGAGAACAUUUGUGUUAUCAUUGACUUGCAAGAUAUCUCCUACCGCCAUCUCUCCGUCCCCCCGCUCAUGGAGCUCAAGGAAGUAUUCACUCAACAGAACGCAGGGCGCGUGUCUUGCUUCUAUGUCUGCAAUAUGCCUUUUUUGGUUCGGGCGCUGGCUGGUGUGGUAGAGGCGGCCAUGACAGAGCGAGCCCGUCAGAAGAUACGUUUUUUGAGUGAUGUCUCCGAGCUACGUGAGGACUUUGCACUGAACCAGUUGGAGGAAGACCUCGGUGGCACCCGCAAGCUCGCAGACUCUUUCUUUCCCUUCCCUCUACCCCCAGGACCGUUUGCGGCCGGCAGCGCAGGGUCCAACGACGAAGCCGUUGGUGACCUCCACCAGAUCCUCACAGAAGCUGGUGCGCGUGGCCGCUUGUGGGACCCCACUCGACGCAAAGAGGCCAACUGCCGUGUAGACUUUGCUGAUACAGCUCGCGAUCUCUUGGGCCAGCAUGGCCUUCUCCAUUUGCUCGACGCACAGCAUCCCCAGCAUGUUCUAGCUGACGUAAAUUGCGACAGCCCGCACAGCUUGCAGAAUCGUAAUGCGGAAGUGGACCUCUCACCAAAGGAGGUUUCCUUGCGCUGCGUUUUUUCUUGCGAGCCACUCCUUAAACUGGGCUGUCAGAUAGCUAGAUGA